CCCGUUUCCAGGCGGGGCUCAGCGGGGGACUGCGCUUCCCACCGUUCCCCGCGGUGCGGCCGGGCCGGCAGGGGCCGCCAUGGGCUGGGGGGUCCGGCUGUGGGUGCUGGGCGGCCUGGCCGCCUGGACGCAGCGGCGGCGGGCGGCGGCGGCCGCCGCCGAGUGGGGCGACAGCGAGGCCGGGCGGCGGCGGUAUCUGGAGCUGAGGCUGGUGCAGGUCCUGUUCCGGCACGGGGCGCGCACCCCGCUGCGGCCGAUCCCGGGGGCAGGGCCGCGAGCGGAAUGGCAUCCCACUCUUUUAGAUGUACCUCCUAAGACUCAGUUUGAUUACAUGGUGACAGACCUAAAUGGAGGACCUCAACCUCCCUCGCUCUUGGAUGAGGAAUACUGUAAGACUGUUUUUAAGGGCGGUGCAGUCGCAGGACAGCUGACCUGUGUGGGGAUGCAGCAGAUGUUCACCCUGGGGGAACGGCUGAGGAGAAACUAUAUGGAAGAAGUCCAGUUUCUUUCACCAAUAUUUAAGCCUGCUGAGGUCUUCAUCCGUUCCACUAACAUUUUCCGGAAUCUGGAGUCCACACGCUGCGUGCUAGCUGGGCUGUACCAACAGCAGAGCGAAGCACCUGUUGUCAUUGUCACUGAUGAAGCAUGCUCUGAAAUGCUCUACCCCAAUUACCAGAACUGCCCGCGCCUGAAAGACUUGACCAGGGAUAGGUCAGAGAAUGCUAUGAACCAGCCAGGUGUCUGUGAUGACUUGGAAAAAAUUAAGGAGAGUAUGUGCAUUAAUGAUGAUGAGCCUGUGGAUUUUUUUGUCCUCCUCGAUAACUUUUCUGCUGAGCAGGCGCACAAUAUGACAAGCUCCCCUGCGCUGAAGAGCUUCCAGCAGACAGUGGAACGCCGAUGUAUUGAGUCCAUGCGUUUCCUUCUGGCAGACAGUUGUUCCAGAGAAAUGCUUCAGAUGAGUAUUGGCCUCCUGUUCAAUACCUUAGAGAAGAACAUUAAAGCAGCAAUAAAUCCCUCAAAUCCAGCUGAAAAGGCCAGAAAGCUCUUCCUCUACGCUUCUCAUGACUCCACUCUUAUUCCUCUCCUGCUGGCACUGGGCACCUUUGAUAACAAGUGGCCACCUUAUGCUGCUGAUGUGACCCUGGAACUGUACCAGCACCGGCGCUCCAAGGAGUGGUUUGUGCGCAUGACCUACCAGGGAGAGGAGCAAGUGGUGAAAGGCUGUAAAGGAGGUCUCUGCUCACUCGAAGAAUUUCUGGAAGUUCUUUCACGGUACUCAGUUACUCCAGAGAAGUACAAUAGCCUGUGCUGCAAAGUGGACAGGAGUUGGGAGACUAACUCUUAAUUAGUUACAAAUUAAA